CUCCAUCCUUGAGAGCCUGCAGUUUUCUGCGAUUUCAGUCUUACACACGCGUGAUUACAUGAAGUGAGCGGGAAACAUCGGUAUCCUCUCCAUAUCAGAGUGUCUUUUAAAGUAAGGGGUGAAUAAGUUCAACCUCAUUCUCUGGGACUGUAGGGGAGAACCAGCUGCUGGCAUGAAACCUCUGCUGCUCGUGUGUGUGUUUCUUCUGCCUCUGCAAACACUCGCGCUGCCGCUGCGCAACAGAUCGAGUUUUCCCAGCAAACCCGGAAAGCUUUCAGAAACACAGGGUGAUAUCUUCAUGGAAACCAUCACCAUUCCUUCAAUAUCUUCGAGUGUCGGGGCAAGGGAGCGCCGUGCGGUCUGGAGGGCCCUCCUGCAUAAAGGACCCCCGUUGAAACAGACCAACACAGCAGCCAAUCAAAACAGGGAACCUUUCCAGGAAUAUCGGCAUGACCUCAGAGGAUCACGCAGUCAUCCACAGGGUCAGCGGAUGCGUGUGGGAUGCGUCCUCGGCACAUGCCAGGUACAAAACCUCAGCCACCGUCUCUACCAGCUGAACGGCCCAAACGGACGGCAAGAUGCACCAAUCAAUCCCAGAAGUCCACAUAGUUAUGGAUAAGACUAUGACCACACAGCAAAAACCUAUCCAGAAAUAUGACAACAGAAGACCACCGACACCAGCGGGGAACAAACUCAACAAAUGGUGUAAUCAAUUGACAGGUGUGCUGUCAUGAGAAAUCAUAUUCUCUUGAUCGCUUGAAAUAAGAGUUCAAAGUGCUUACUGUAACGUCCCCUAAACAAGCAUCUGUUAAAGCAACUCCUUACGAACGUCUGCAACUCUGACGUCAUCUAACAUUAACACACAGUAUGAUCUCCAAGAUUAACAUGCAAGCUUCUAUUUCAGUGUUCAGAAACUUAGCCUGGCCUGGUUUUUGCAAGAAAUUGAUUAGUAUUUACAUUUCGAUUUUCACCGCAAUGUCUGAACUGUCUGAGAGCUGCUUCUUCAGCCUGGACAGUUGAACUCAGGUCAGUUCAGACAAUGCGGUGAAAAUCAGAGAUAAAGAAAACCAUAUACUGUUCAGUUUCUUGCACAGACCGAUCAUUUUGUGUCUUUACACAUCAAUGAAUCGUCACUGGCCGCAGGGUUUCAUUUGGUUUUGUUUGUGUAUGUUUUAUGACCCUCAAAAAACAUGAUUCCCAUCCACUCUGCAACGGUUUGAGUUAAAAAUCUCUGUUUGUGUUCUACUGAAGAAACAAAGUCACCUACAUCUUGGAUGUCCUGGGGGUAAGCAGAUAAACAUCACAUUUUCAUUUUUGGGUGAACUAUCCCUUUAAUGGUAACUGUUUUUAAGCAUGUUUCCUGAACUGUCCUCCCAUCAGCCAUUGGCUGGAAAAUCCUCAAACUCACAGCACUGGCUGAACCAGUGUCAACUUGUUAGGCCGCUCAAACCAACAGAGUUAUGUUACAAGCCUCAGACCCACGCUGUUUACACGCUUCAGGGAAAUAGAAGUCUUACUUACAGCUGUCUCUGCAUUUUACACUAGGAUUGGAGACAGCAUUUUCACUUCGAAUAAUUACACACAGCCACUUUGUGUGUCCACAUACCUUUUGGGAUCACUGUAUAUUCCCAUUUAAACUUUAAAAAUGUUUCUUUUAAACAUAAAGCACUUUAAAAGUGACAUGAUCGAUUUCCUUCUUUAAUGCCAUUGACUUGAAUGGAAGAAAUGUUAUUUAAUUCUAAGUUAACAAAAGCUUGUGUAAAUAUUGUAAAGGAAGUAUUUAAUGACUGUUUGUAGUUAUGUGUCAGUGCUGUGCAUUUUAAUAUGAUUUAGCGGUUUCAAUAAACAAAACAAAUGCAAAUGGUUAUUGUUUUUGUUUGUUAGGGUCAUGUGGGCAGCUGUAACAGAAUGCAGACACAUACAUGCGCAGAUCAUUACCACUGUGUGACAUGACUGAUAAUAUUAUCAAUAGCCCACCAUGACACUUAUACUAGAGUACUCAGACACUGAAAAAAAAAAAUAAUAAUAAUACAAAUGUAUAUAUCUUAACUGUGGAGAAAAACAGCAAAAAGAAUAAGAUAAAAUACACCAUUUUUUAUAAACAGUUACACUACUGUUUCAAAUGGUUGGGGUUAGUAAGAUUUUUUAAUGUCUGGUAUG